UAUAGCCACAAUGGCAACGUCAUCUGAAGAAGUGUUACUGAUUGUAAAGAAGGUACGUCAGAAGAAGCAGGAUGGGGCGCUCUACCUUAUGGCUGAAAGGAUAGCAUGGGCACCUGAAGGCAAAGACCGAUUCACAGUCAGCCAUAUGUAUGCAGACAUAAAAUGCCAGAAAAUCAGUCCAGAAGGUAAAGCUAAAAUUCAGCUUCAGCUAGUAUUGCAUGCAGGGGACACAACCAACUUUCACUUCUCCAAUGAAAGCACAGCAGUGAAGGAGCGAGAUGCGGUAAAGGAUCUUCUUCAACAGCUGUUGCCCAAGUUCAAAAGGAAAGCUAAUAAAGAACUUGAGGAGAAGAACAGAAUGCUGCAAGAAGAUCCUGUUUUGUUUCAGCUUUAUAAAGACCUUGUUGUAAGCCAAGUAAUCAGUGCUGAAGAAUUCUGGGCCAACCGUUUAAGCCUGAAUGCAGGGGAUAAUUCUGCAGCACCUAGUAAGCAGGAUGUGGGCAUCUCCGCAGCAUUUCUGGCUGAUGUACGGCCUCAAACAGAUGGCUGCAAUGGUCUGAGGUACAAUUUGACUUCAGAUAUCAUUGAAUCCAUAUUUCGAACAUAUCCUGCAGUAAAAAUGAAAUAUGCAGAAAACGUUCCACAUAACAUGACCGAGAGGGAAUUCUGGACACGAUUUUUUCAGUCUCAUUAUUUCCAUCGGGACAGGCUCAAUACAGGCUCAAAAGACCUCUUUGCGGAGUGUGCCAAACUGGAUGAAAAAGGGUUAAAAACAAUGGUGUUUCAAGGAGUGAAUAAGAGGUAGCUAAUGUUGUUUUCUUUGCAGGGCUAUGGUGUUGCUUCUGUGGCCUCUACAUCAAAUGCCUCAAAAUCCGCUAGAGAAAGUAGCAACGCUGCCAUUAUAAAACGCUUUAAUCAUCAUAGUGCCAUGGUCCUUGCAGCUGGCCUCAGGAAACAAGAAGCACAAAAUGACCAUUACAGUGAGACCAGCAGUACGGAUGGAAACUCCAGGGAUUCAGAUUUCUUUCAGCCACCAAUGAAAAAGGUGAAACUGCAGGAGUCCAUUGAAUAUGAAGAUUUAGCAAAGAAUAAUAGCAUUAAAACUAUUGCACUAAAUUUAAAGAAGUCCGAUAGGUAUUAUCAUGGUCCAACUCCAAUUCAAUCACAGCAAUAUGCAACCAGUCAGGAUAUAAUUAAUUCUUUUCAUAGUAUUAGGCAAGAAAUGGAAGCAUAUGUACCCAAACUAACUCAGGUUCUUUCAAGUGGUGAUGCUGCUAGCACUAUUGCAGUCCUGUCACCUGGAGGAGCACUUAUGCAGGGUGGAACACAGCAAGCCAUAAACCAGAUGGUGCCAAAUGACAUUCAGUCUGAACUAAAACACUUGUACGUGGCAGUAGGGGAAUUGCUACGACACUUCUGGUCCUGCUUUCCUGUUAACACACCAUUCCUAGAAGAAAAGGUCAUGAAGAUGAGGAGCAACUUGGAAAGAUUUCAGGUUACAAAGCUCUGCCCAUUCCAAGAAAAGAUUCGGAGACAGUAUUUAAGCACAAAUUUGAUAAGUCAUAUAGAAGAGAUGCUGCAGACGGCCUACAAUAAGUUCCAUACCUGGCAGUCCCGGCGUAUGCUGAAGAAGACGUGAAAAUGCAUGCUGUACAGGUUUGAGAGCAAAAUCUGCAAUAGGUAUAGGAGUACAACCUAGCAUAUGUGCAGAUCUUAUAGUUGUUGCAGGAAGACCUGCAAGCUGUGGACUUCUGGAAAUGAUGCUAACUCAACUUGCACAUUUUUGAAAAAGAACUGAGGUUAAACUUGAAAACUAGGGAGAAAAACAAGGAAGAACCAAAACAGAAGAGCUGAGGUGCAAAAAUAUUUAAAAGACACUGUUUACUGCAGUUACUCAGGAACUGCUUUUGAUUUGCAUAAAGAGCUGCUUUCAGAAAUAAAAAAAUAUAAAGAGGGUGUAUUAAUAAAAA